AUGGCUAUAAACACACCAGAGUGCUGUGGGGGCUUCUACGGAAAGCGGUGUAAGGAGUGUCCGGGAGGGGCGGAGACUCCAUGUAACGGUCGUGGUCUUUGCGAGGACGGCCUGGCGGGGAACGGGACGUGCCUGUGUCACGAGCGUUUUGGCGGGGACGACUGUACCGAGUGCGCCAACUUCAGCAUGGCUCCUCCACACUGUAACGUUUCGUACAACAGCUGUGCCUACAAGAACGGUAACUGCAGCGAGAAGGCGGCGUGCAGUGAGACCAGCAGCGGCGUGAGUUGUCGGUGCUGGCUGGGCUAUGUCGGUGACGGCUACCACUGCCAGUCCAUCUGUGAAACCAUGGACAACGGAGGCUGCCACCAACAGGCUACUUGUGUUUUCAACAACAAAACUCACUCAGUCCAGUGUACGUGCAAAGACGGUUUCCAUGGAAACGGCACCCGGUGUGAAGAGACGAUCAACCCAUGCGCCAUAGAACAUGGCGGCUGCGACUACCAGCGCGCCACUUGCAACUACAUUAGGCCAAAGGUCACGGACUUGGUUCAGGCCCCGCCCAUAUGCGAGUGCGCGGAAGCUUACAAGGGAAAUGGGUCACUGUGCGUUCUUGACACUCUGGAUGCCUUGACGCGUAUCCCAGCCCUGGAAUAUUUUGUUCAAUGGAUGAGGUCCAAGCAGUCCACCACAGGCAGCUUGAACACGACCCUAGCGGACCGUGGUACCAACAAUACUUUCUUUGCGCCCGCCAGUCGGGAUUGGAGCGACAUCGACACUUCCAGCCUGCUCAUUGUCAACCAGACGAUACUCUUGUCACGUGAUGAAGUGGAGAAUCACUCUGGGAACUGGACUCUGGUCAGCGAAAGCGGUCAACUGAUAGACAUCACUGUAGACUCCGAUGGACAGAUGUAUGUGAACAACGUAAGUCUCGUGGAUUACAAUAUAGAGACGGCUAACGGAAUAUUGCACAUAACAGCGGCACCCAUUGUUGAUUACACUAGAGAGAACAUUGGAUUAACCAGAGCGGGUAGAUCAUCUACAACUGGCAUUGUUGUGGCUGUUGUGGUGCCAGCUAUCCUGGUGCUGAUGCUUGUCAUCGUCAUCGCCGUUGUCAUCCUCUACAGAAAAUCCAAACUCCAAGGAUUCCUCAACAUUUUCAAGAGGUCGCAUUCGGGCUCACAAAGCAGCCUGUCGUUCGCCCGGCUACAAGCCCAAGACGAAGAUGACGAUUCCUUCAAGGGUUCCGACACAGCCAAGUACGACAACCCUAUCUUCAAUGACCCUGACUUGAUGUAGCGCAAAGGCGGAUAAACCAGUGCGCAGAUGGGUCGUGUUCACAUUCCAUAGCUUUUAUUUUUACAUUUACUCCAAAAUUGUAUACGCUUAGACUGCCUUCUUGUGGGAGAAAAUACGCCGAAUGUCCAAAUUUCACUUUCAGUAAAAACGGUGAUUUCCCUUUUUCCACAAGAAGGCAGUAUGGAACUUACUUUGUUUUUUUUGUUGUUGGGUGUUUAUUUUUUUAUUUUUUUAGUUUGUUUGUUUGUUGUUGUUGUUGUUGUUGUUGUUGUUGUUGUUAUUGUUGUUGUUUUUUGGGGGUUGCUUAUUUUUCUGUAAUAGAAUAUACUUUUUUGCUGCCUUGUUCACUUAUUCAUCAGAUACAGUUUGGCUGGUGUAACUAAACGCUGGUUAAUUGAUUCCAUACGGGGCCAUGGUGAAAGUUGUGGUGGUUCAAAUUUCCAAAUGGAUUAGUUUGCUGCUUUUGGUUUGCUUAAGAAUAUUUUCAUGGCUCUAGCUGAAAUGAUUACUUACAGGCGGAAAAAUAGGGUACUUAGUUUGCACUUCAAUCUUCUGCUUGUACUUCAGUCUUCUGCUUUACGUCUGCAAAUCUGAGAAUAUAUUGUUGAAUGUACAAGACUGUUACCUGUUUACUGUUGCUGUCAUGAACCCACAUUCCAGUGUUCACUACGUCCGAAUGCCCAUCACACUUUGUAGGUCUAACUAUUGGUUCAGAAUGCCUGGUUGGUUGGUCAAUAGUAAGUAUCCAAACGUUCCCGAUUCGCCUGUAAAGCAUCACUUUAAAUGUCGUGUCACGGCACUGUGAAAUCAGGCGCCUCGUCAAAAUAAUGCAAUCCAAGAAGAUUAUUUUUUCCGCCUGUUUGACAAAAAUUAUUGAUUUUUAAUGUCCAUUAAAAAGCAUAUUUCUGUGUGGAUUUUAUUACCAAAGGCACAAAAAACCUAUAAAUUUGCAGUUUCCAAGGAUACUCAAGUUUUGGACGUCAGCAAACUUAAGCAGAUAUAUCCUCGCCAAUUUUACCUCAGAGACCAGGCGGCCCCAACCUCUUCAAUAGCAAUUAUCUUGACCUCUGUUCAAGUGGCAAAGGUAUUUUGUUCAUCAAAAGCAAGGCAAAUAAACAGGCAUUGAAAAUAUAUGAAUACUUUCAUUUGCCCGAAAACUGACGGGCGCCUGAUUCCACCGUGUCGUGACUCAAAUGUUUCAUCUGAGAUUGACUCACCUGUCUUUUCUUACUGCUGUUUAUAAGGUCGAACUAUUCCACAAAGUGCAUAAAAAUAUUUCAUUCUUCUAUGUACAUAUUUUUAUAACAUAUAUCGAUGAGUAUACACUGAGAUGAACGUGUGCGUUAAUGCUACCACUUCGUUGUCAGAGUAAGUGGUUGAUAUCAGUAAGGAAUACUUGUUUGCAUGCGCUUAUAUAUAUAUUGUUCACAUACUUUAUAUAAGUUCAUCUUUUUUCUUUUUUAGGUGCAAAUGUCAUACAACUAUCAAAAGAUUUUUUUACGGGCAAAAAGAACGACAUGCAGGAGCUUCUCGAGAUCAUUUUAUUACAAUUCUUUCUUUUCAGUCAAGGCUCGAUGUGAUAUUUAAGGAAUGGUAUCGUAUAUCAAAUAUUAAUAAAGCUCUAUACAAUUCAGAAAGGAUUUGAAAGAUACAACAAUUGUAGCCAACUUGUUCUGUACUUUAGAGAGAUUCCACAAAAUAAUUAUAGAAAUUAUUGAAAAACUGUGUUUAACUUGAAGAAGUGCUUUAUGUUAGCAGGUACCAGAUGUCAUGGUAUCUGAUUGUUGCAAUGCUAGCCAUGCUGUGCUCCCCGAAUGUAUUUUCUUGCUAUGCUGAUUUCUGAUUUCGCUAAGUAUUCUAUCUUCGUAUUCUUCGACUGUCAAGCUAGAUGAAUGGAAGAAGGAAGUGACCACAAAUGCUACGAUGAGAGAGAAUGCGCGUACUUGAGUGAUAAUUUGUUUUCAUCACGAAUCAGAUUAUUGAGAUUUCACAUUCAUUUUUUGAUCUGUCACUUUUAGCAUUAUUGGAAUUCGUCUUUUGCACAUUAAAUCAAUUUUGUACUUACUGAAAA